UUGUCAAUUUUGUAAUAAUAAAGUAAGUCAUUGUGAAUUUCACUGUCCGGUGAAUUUUUCAUGUGUAAAAACUAUAAAUUGUGUCAUACACUUUCAAAUAUCGAUUAAAAUUUGGAUAAUAUUCAGAAUACAUUCAAAUUCCAAACAUUUUCCCCCCGUAUUUUGACACAACACAAAAAUUAAGUAUCCACACGUGAGAUUUAUAUAUAAUGACAGUUGCAUAUGCGUCGUGAAAUUUCAAAGUACAUUUCAUUGAUUUAGAAUUGCACAAACUGAGAUAAGAAAAGAAAACUGAGCGGCAAAUGUCAAUUUCAACUUUUUUUUGUCUGAAUAGGAAACCAAAAAACAAUUUAACUCGACAAACAACAGGCAGAAACAAUGUGGGAUAAGUGCAUUAUAUGCGUCAGACCAAAAGUCUGUAAAUCAAAUUUAAAAAAAUUGAGAUAUAUGAUAGGUGGCGGUGUGUUAGGAGGUGGUUUAUUGGGCGCUAUUGCUCUUCCACUCAUUGGAUUUGGCGCUGGCGGUGUAGCUGCUGGAUCGUUUGCUGCAUCAUGGCAAUCAAGUAUUGGUAUUGUUGCGGCUGGUAGUUUGUUUGCCACAUUGCAAUCUUUAGGUGCAACUGGUAUGGGUAUACUUUUAUUUGGCGGAAUCGGUUCAGCUUUGGGUUUGCUUACAACUCUGGCAGCGAGAUUGGGUUGGUGUAAUGAUGAUUGUGACUACAAUAGUGCAAAAUUUGAGUGGGACAGAUGCCAGAAAUGUAAAAAACCACUAAUUGAUCAAUCGAAUUUAUUGAAAUUAAGAAUAGUAGCAGCUGGGGGCUUUGCAAGAGGAUGUUCUGAAGGCGGUGACAUGAUUUCACUCAUGAAGCUACAUGCUAACGCCAACGCUUGGUACUCAAAUAUUGACACUUUUGCCGCAAACCGUCUAUUUGAUGCUCUAAAAUCUUUGAAAGACGAUGGAUUAAGCGUGCUUUUCUUUGGCGAUACAGAAUCCGCGCUAUUUUUACUUGGUACGAAAUCAAAAGAUUUAGAUUGGUGCAAAAAUAAUUGUAACGGAGCUUUUAUUACGGAGCUUGUACGGACCAAUAGCAUAAUUUCGUCCAGUCAAAUAAUACUGUGCAACAAGCAAAUGGCAAUAGAGAAUACAACAUCAAACAGCGAAGAAACCGCAAAAAAUGACAGUAAAUUGAAGGAUAUUUUUAGUUGGAAAAGGUGCUCGAAAUGCGAUCGGCCACAUGUCUGUGAACCAAACUUAACGAAAAUAAGAUUGAUGGCAGUUGGUGGUUUAUUUGGUGGUGGUGCUUUGGGCAUAGCAUUUCUUCCGUUUCUUGGAUUUACCGCCGGUGGUGUGGCCGCUGGAUCAUUUGCCGCAUCAUGGCAAUCAGUAAUUGGUAGCGUAGCAGCCGGUAGUUUGUUCGCAACAUUGCAAUCUUUAGGAGCAACCAGUUUGGGAACACUUUUAUUUGGCGGAAUCGGUUCAGCUUUGGGUUUGCUUGCAACUCUGGCAGCAAGAUUGGGCUGGUGUAAUGAUGAUUGUGACUAUAACAGUGCAAAAUUCAAGUGGGAGACAUGCUCAAAAUGCAAAAAACCUCUGUUCGGUGAAUCAAACUUAUUGAAAUUAAGAAUAGUGGCAGCUAGUGGCUUUGCAAGAGGAUAUUCAGAGGGUGGUGACAUGAUAGCACUCAUGCGUGCUAACGACAACACUUGGUACUCGAAUAUUGAUACUUUUGCUGCCAACCGUCUAUUUGAUGCUCUGAAAUCUUUGAAAGACGAUGGAUUAAGCGUGCUUUUCUUUGGCGAUUUAAGAACAGCAAUGCGUUUGGUUUCAAAGGUUCUACAUAAAUUGGAUUGGUGUAAUAAUAACUGUAAAAGUAAAAAUAUCGUUACUGCUGAUUUAGUACCAGUCAGCGAGAUAGUAUCAUCCAGUGAAAUAACACUGACCAACAUCAAAAGAUCAACGAUAUUGCCAAACAUCAGAAAAACAUCAAUUGAUGAAAACAAAUUGAAGGAAAUUUUCAAUUGGAAAACAUGCUCAAAAUGCGAUAGUCCAACUAUUUGCGAACAAAACUUGGUGAAAAUAAGAUUGAUGGCAGUUGGUGGUCUGGUUGGAUGUGGUGUAUUGGGUGUAACACUUCUUCGAUUCCUCGGAUUUGCUAACAGUUUUGCAGCAGCUAGAUGUUUGGAAAAAUUGCAGUCUUUGCGAGCUACUGGCUUGGGCAUCGUUUUAUUUGGCGAAGUUAGCUCAGCUUUGGAUUUGCUUACAACGCUCGCAACAAUAUUGAAUUGGUGCAAGAAUGAAUGCUGCGUAAAAUAAACAUUAGGCCAAUAUUACCCAGGAAUUCAGAAAGAAAUAUGUAAAACACAACUGAUAGAAUUAUUUGCUUGGAAAUGAGUUUGACGAAUCAGUAAUGUAUCUACAAUAACAGUUAAAAACUCUUUCUUAUUAAAAAUAAAUCAUUAAAGAAAAAACAAAAAUA